AUGGAUGAUCUUGAGUCUUUGGAGCUUUUGUCGCUCGUGUCGCGCGUGACGACGGAACUCCAAAACCAUCUUGGAAUCAACGAUAAGACCUUAGCCGAGUUCGUGAUCGAUCAACAUUUGAAGAGCGGCUCGUUCGCAAACUUCAAGGAUGGGCUUGAUGCCCUGGGGGCGGAUUUUCCGCCAAGUUUGAUUGAGAGUAUUGAUCGCGCUAUUUUGACAAUGCACCCUUCAUACAAGAAUAAAAAGCCCGCGGGGUCUGAGAACAACGGCGUGGAUGAUGAUAUGGAAGCCUUGAACGCUAUCGAGAGGAAAUCCCGUGUCUUCAAGGGACUAGCAAUACCGGAUAAAGUUCAAACAUUGGAGGAUGAUGCCUUGGACGACACUUUCGCGAUGCUCGAAGGGUUGGCAGGGAAGUCGCGAGAAGAUCGUCACGAAGUUUCGCAAUCUACCAAAACCAGCAGGAAACGCAGCAGAAGUCCAGAUUACGGGGAUUAUGAUUCGACGAGCUAUCGACGGGAAAGGCGGAGGUCCAUAUCUCGAUCCCGCAGUCCUGAACGACAUAGGAAGACAAGCGACAGAAAGGAAUAUAGAAAUGGGCACGAGCGCCGUUCGAGACGCGAUCGGGAGGACGAUCACUUCCGCCGACCGCCAACCCCCGAACUUGACAAUCAGCCAGUGCUUUAUAAAAUCUACGAUGGUCGUGUUACGGGAAUCAAGGACUUCGGCGCGUUUGUGAAUUUACAGGGUGUGCGAGGGAAAGUAGAUGGACUAGUCCAUGUUUCUGCUAUGCAAGCGGGAGCAAGAGUGAAUCAUCCUUCGGAUCUUGUUUCACGCGGCCAGCCGGUAAAGGUCAAAAUUAUUAGCAUCCAAGGUUCACGAAUUGGCCUUUCCAUGAAGGAAGUUGACCAGGAAACCGGGCGCGACCUCAUCCCUCAGAAACGACUCGCAUCUGGUGCUAAUAUGGAGAUACUGGCGGGAACCGUUUCAAACGAUCGCUAUGGAAAUCUCAGCUCCGACGUUCCUGUAGUCGAAGGAGAUAUGAAUGGCAACUCAACGAGGAACAGAAAGAGACUCACAUCCCCAGAAAGGUGGGAAAUCAAGCAACUCAUUGCCUCGGGGGCUGCAUCAGCAGCGGAUUAUCCUGACAUUGACCAAGAGUAUCAUGACACCUUGACAGGUCAGGGUGAGUUUGAAGAAGAGGUCGACAUUGAUAUUGAAGUCCGUGACGAGGAGCCGCCUUUCCUUGCUGGCCAGACCAAACAAUCGUUAGAAUUAUCACCUAUCAGAGUUGUUAGAGCUGCCGAAGGAAGUCUCAACCGCGCUGCCAUGUCUGGUUCCAAUUUGGCUAAAGAACGCCGAGAGCUACGACAGCAGGAAGCUCAGGAGAAGGCAGCUGAACAAGCAGCUGGUUUUGACCUACAUGCACAAUGGGAGGAUCCCAUGGCCAACCCAGAACAAAGAAAAUUCGCAUCCGAUCUGCGUUCUGCUCAGGGCGGUCAGCCCGACACCGCCGUCCCAGAGUGGAAGAGGGCUACUCAAAGCAAAGAUAUAUCUUAUGGAAAACGAACAAACCUGACCAUGAAGCAACAACGAGAGGGUCUGCCGGUCUUCAAGUUUCGAACACAACUACUUGAUGCUGUACGGGAUAACCAGUUGAUGAUUGUCGUGGGCGACACAGGUUCCGGGAAAACAACCCAGUUAACACAAUACCUGGCUGAAGCUGGCUACGCAAAUAACGGCAUGAUUGGAUGUACACAACCACGUCGUGUAGCUGCACUGUCAGUUGCAAAGCGUGUUGCAGAGGAAGUUGGUUGUCGUCUUGGUGCAGAGGUUGGAUAUACCAUCCGUUUCGAUGACUCCACUGGCCCAGAAACCAAGAUAAAGUAUAUGACAGACGGAAUCUUGCAGAGAGAAAUUCUACUUGAUCCAGAUCUCAAAAAGUAUUCCGUGAUUAUCCUGGACGAAGCCCAUGAAAGGACGAUUUCUACAGACGUACUUUUUGGACUCUUGAAGAAAACUUUGAAGUCACGCAGCGACCUCAAGCUCAUCGUGACCUCCGCAACCCUUGAUGCCGACAAGUUCUCGGAAUACUUUAAUGGCGCUCCUAUCUUCUCCAUACCUGGAAAAAUACAUCCUGUUGAAAUCCUGUAUUCAACCCAACCAGAAGAAGACUACUUGACGAGUGCUUUGGACACAGUUCUUCAGAUACACUUAACGGAGCCUGCUGGUGAUAUUCUAGUCUUUCUAACGGGCCAGGAGGAGAUUGACACGAGCUGCGAGAUUUUACACGAACGAAUGAAGGCUCUGGGACCUAAUGUCCCUGAACUUGUUAUCUUGCCCAUCUAUUCGGCGCUACCAAGUGAGGUUCAAUCGAAAGUCUUCGAACCUGCACCGCCGGGAAAAAGGAAGGCAGUCCUCGCCACCAACAUAGCGGAAACUUCUCUAACCAUAGAUGGCAUUGUGUUUGUUGUGGACCCAGGCUUUGCGAAGCAGAAUGUGUACGAUCCGAAGCUAGGUAUGGACUCGUUGGUGGUUACACCUAUUUCUCAAGCUCAAGCAAAACAAAGAGCUGGACGAGCUGGAAGGACUCAACCAGGCAAGUGCUUCCGAUUAUAUACAGAGGCAGCAUAUCAAUCAGAAAUGCUACCAACACCUAUCCCUGAAAUUCAACGUCAGAACCUAUCCCACACGAUUCUCAUGCUUAAAGCGAUGGGUAUCAACGAUCUACUUCACUUCGAUUUUAUGGAUAGCCCUCCUACCAAUACACUUUUAGCCAGUUUAGAGGGGCUUUACUCCCUCGGUGCUCUAGACGAGGAAGGGCUCAUAAAUCGCUUGGGAAGACGGAUUUGUGAUUUUCCUCUCGCGCCUGAACUUGCUAAGGCUCUCAUCACCAGCGCGGAAAUGGGGUGCUCAGAGGAAAUGCUAUCCAUUGUAGCCAUGCUCUCUGGUGCUCAAACAGUCUUCUAUCGGCCAAAGGAGAAGCAACAACAGGCGGACCAAAAGAAAGCCAAGUUCCAUGAUCCUCACGGCGAUCAUCUUACAUUACUGAAUGUCUACAAUGCUUGGAAACAAUCUAACUUCAAUAAUGCUUGGUGCUUUGAGAACUAUAUUCAAGCAAGACAGAUGCGUCGAGUGCAAGAUGUACGAAAACAACUGAUUCAAAUCAUGGAUCGCCAUCAUCAUCGCCUCGUGUCUUGUGGGCGCAACACGGUCCAAGUCCGGAAAGCCCUCUGCGCAGGUUUUUUCCGUAACGCCGCAAGAAAGGAUCAAGAAGGGUAUAAGACUCUAGUUGAAGGGACCCCGGUAUAUUUGCAUCCAAAUUCGGCAUUGUUUGGUAAACCGGCUGAGCAUGUUAUCUACUUCACGUUGAUAAAUACGACCCGCGAAUACAUGCACUGCACGUCCGCCAUUGAUCCAAAGUGGCUUGUUGAAGCAGCACCAACAUUCUUCAAAGUGGCAGCGGGUCUGUCUAAGCGCAAAAAGGCAGAGCGAAUUCAACCACUACAUAAUCGGUUCGCUGCUCCAGAUGAUUGGCGACUUUCGAGCCAAAGAAAACAGGGUCGUGGAGGUGGUGGAGGCACAUGGGGUUAG